UCAAGUCAGUCAGCGAGGAGCGAGCCGAGAGAGCGGACACGGGGAAGGGAAUCUAUCCUACAACUUGUAUGAAAAUCACACCGGGGGACUUUUUGUUUACGCUUUUCUUUUUUUUGAUUUUUGACGUUGUUUUGGAACUGCGCUCGCCGUUGAGGAUCCGCAUUUCUCACAGAAAUACAAGGAUUUAACUGUGAGAACUGGGAGAAAGGAGCGGAGUCUGGAGGUCUAGGGGAGAGGAGAGCGACAGUGCAGCCGGCAGCGGUGCGUCUUUGCGCGGGGGGGAAGCCGGGCAUUGCACCGCGGUUGUUCAGAAUCGCCUCCAAAACGAAAGGAGGCGAUUUGUUUACAUUGUCUCCCUUGGACUUAACGCACUUGGGACAUAUUUUACGCAAAAGUCGCUCGGAAUCUACCUCUCUCCCUCCACGCAUGGUUGGAGUGGACCGUGGAGUGGACCAGGAGGGUUCCUUGAAGACGCAGAUACGGGAUUAACUUCAUUCUCUGGCGGAAUUUUCAGGAUCUAAAAGGACUAUAAACUUAAAUCCACUUUUGGUUUUCUUUGUGGAAGAUGUAUGGCACCGAGUAUGGACCCAGGAACCGGAGCCCAGAUGCGUAAAGAAGCCGAGGAGUGAACGGUUAGCAUGCCAGCUAGUUUCACGCUCCUCCGCGAAACGUCAACAACCCACAAAGUUUAGAAUAAAGGAGUUUACACGUGGAUUUUUUUUUUUUUAAUAACUUUUUUUUGGAAACACGAUUCAAGAAUGCAUUGUGGAUUAGUUUUGUUCCUUUUGAUGGGGAUACUCUUGGCGGCGAAGGCGUUCAAAAACGACAAAUGUGGCGGUAACAUCCGUAUCUCCAGUGCUAGCUACCUCACGUCUCCGGACUACCCCCGCUCGUACCCGUCGUCGCAGAGGUGCACCUGGGUCAUCACGGCUCCGGGGCCCCACCAGCGCAUCCUCAUCAACUUCAACCCCCACUUCGACCUGGAGGAUCGCGAGUGCAAGUACGACUACGUUGAGGUCCGGGAUGGCGUGGAUGAGAGCGGUCAGCUGGUGGGAAAGUACUGUGGUAAAAUCGCUCCUUCGCCCGUGGUCUCCUCCGGAAACCAACUCUUCAUCAAGUUUGUGUCGGACUACGAGACCCACGGAGCGGGAUUCUCCAUACGCUACGAGAUCUUCAAGACAGGUCCUGAAUGUUCUCGAAACUUCACGUCCAACAGCGGAGUGAUCAAGUCUCCAGGUUACCCGGAGAAGUACCCCAACAACCUGGACUGCACCUUCAUGAUCUUCGCCCCCAAGAUGUCCGAGAUCAUCCUGGAGUUCGACAGCUUCGAGCUGGAGCCGGACCCCACGCCCCCUAGCGGUGUGUUCUGCCGCUACGACCGACUGGAGAUCUGGGACGGCUUUCCUGGAGUGGGCCCUUACAUCGGGAGGUACUGUGGACAUAACACUCCGGGCAGAAUCAUCUCCUACACGGGCAUCCUGGCUCUGACAAUCAACACGGACAGCGCCAUCGCUAAAGAGGGCUUCUCGGCUAACUUCACUGUCCUGGAACGCACUGUCCCCGAGGACUUCAACUGCAGCGAUCCUUUGGGGAUGGAAUCGGGAGAGAUCACGUCGGACCAGAUCAUCGCCUCGUCCGAGUACAACCCCAACUGGUCCCCUGAGCGCUCCCGACUCAAGUACUACGAGAACGCAUGGACUCCGGCCGAAGACUCCAACAAAGAAUGGAUCCAGGUGGAUCUUGGGUUUCUUCGGUUCGUCUCGGCCAUCGGAACACAGGGCGCCAUUUCUCAAGAGACCAGUAAGAUCUACUUUGUGAAGUCCUACAAGGUGGACGUCAGCUCCAACGGAGAAGACUGGAUCACGCUGAAGGAGGGCUCCAAACAGAAGGUUUUCCAAGGCAACACCAACCCCACUGACGUUGCCAAGACGAUGCUGCCCAGACCCACGCUGACACGCUACCUUCGCAUCCGGCCCGUUACCUGGGAAACUGGCAUCGCGCUGCGCUUCGAGUUGUACGGAUGUAAGAUAUCAGAGUAUCCAUGUUCGGGAAUGCUGGGCAUGAUCUCGGGCCUGAUCACCGAUAACCAGAUCACCGCCUCCUCCCACACUGACCGCAACUGGGUUCCCGAGAACGCCCGCCUCCUCACCAGUCGCACCGGGUGGACCUUGCUCCCCCAGCCCCAGCCCUUCACCAACGAGUGGCUGCAGGUGGAUCUGGGCGAGGAGAAGCUGCUCAAGGGCAUGAUCAUCCAGGGAGGAAAGCACCGCGAGAACAAGGUCUUCAUGAAGAGGUUCAGACUGGGCUACAGCACCAACGGAACCGACUACAAGAUGGUGAUGGACACGAACGCCAACAAGCCAAAGAUAUUUGAAGGGAACAGUAACUACGACACUCCGGAGCUGCGCACGGUGGAGCCCCUGCUGACGCGUUUCAUCAGAAUCUACCCGGAGAGGGCCACUCCUGCUGGGAUGGGGCUGCGCCUGGAGCUUCUGGGCUGCGAGCUUGAAGCUCCCACGUUGGCGCCCACCACCCAGGCCCCGAGCACGACCCCGUCCGACGAAUGUGACGACGAAAUCAACUGCCACAGCGGCACAGGUGACCGCUACGACAGGACAGGUGGACCCACUACACCUGAACCCACCCCCACCGAAGCCGACACCAUUCCCCCGUUCCUGUGGUUCGCGUGCGACUUCGGCUGGGCCUCGAACCCGUCCUUCUGCAGCUGGAGCUCUGAGGACACGGGCUCCAGGUGGCAGAUCCAGUCCAGCGGAACUCCCACCCUCAACACUGGGCCUAAUAUGGACCAUACAGGCGGCUCUGGAAACUUCAUCUACACUCUGGCCACGGGUCCACAGCAGACAGAAGUGGCCCGUCUGGUCAGCCCGAUGGUCAGCUCUCCCGACGCCGACCUGUGCGUGUCCUUCUGGUACCACAUGUUCGGACCCCACAUCGGCACGCUGCACAUCAAACAGCGCAAACAGACCCUGGACGGACCCGCCGACAUCUUACUGUGGACUGUGAGCGGUCACCAGGGCAACCGCUGGAGGGAGGGGCGCGUGCCGGUGCCCAGGACCAACAGGCCGUAUCAGGUGGUGAUCGAGGGUCAGGUGGAGAGGAAGAGCUGGGGGGACAUCGCCGUGGACGACAUCAAGGUUCUGAACGGACUGAGCGCGGCCGACUGCAAAGAUCCGGCUGUGCCCACGGAGCCGAUGCUGCCGGAGGACAGCCUCAACGAAAUCUUGGAGGAGAUGACGGAGUACCCUGACCUCGUGGAGACCAAUCAGAUCAGCGGAGCGGGCAACAUGCUCAAGACGCUGGACCCCAUCCUCAUCACCAUCAUCGCCAUGUCGGCCCUGGGCGUGUUCUUGGGCGCCAUCUGCGGCGUGGUGCUGUACUGCGCCUGCUCGCACGGCGCCAUGUCGGACAGGAACUUAUCAGCUCUGGAGAACUAUAACUUUGAGCUGGUGGACGGCGUCAAGCUAAAGAAAGACAAACUAAACGUACAGAGCUCGUAUUCGGAGGCGUGAAAGGAUGAAACGAGGAUUUUUUUUUGUAAAACGAUAAGCGACUGUGCGAAAGUGCGCGGAUUUCCGAAGAAGCCCGCGCGAGACUGUUAAGGCACAUUCUCAAGCACUAUAGGAGGAGGCGGGAUCUACGGACUAAGCCCCGCCCCCCUCGUUUGACAGAGCGACGCAACCAGCGGGAUGUCAACUCUGGACUGCUAUUUUUUCUCAGGAGCUGCCGUAAAAGAAACCUACCACUAGGGGUCACUGUGUACAAAAGAAAUACAGAAAAAAUAUGUAAAUACGAUCUAGAUAUUUUAAUUUUAUAUUUUGAUUUUCAAUUCAUUUUUACAAUCGGAUGCUGGUGUUGAGACCAAUUUAUUAAUAAUGUUUAAAGUAUUUAUCUUUUUUUUUUUUUUUUUUUUCAAAGAGAGAUGUGUUUUGUUAAAGGUCCUAUAUUACGCAGAACUGACUCUUGGGAGCUUUUAUCCGUGUUGUCGCGCUGUUACCUCAUCGAAAAACAUACCCGGAGUUGUGUUUUGUUUCGUUCACACACGUUUGAGUAAUUAUUAGGAUGUAGGGUUGUGAAAAGUAUCGAAAAACAGAUACUAACAAUACCAAAACUUGUAACAAAACUAGAUACUGAUUUGAGAAAGUAUUGAUACUAAAAAAGUCCCAGAAAUGAAGAUUUACUGAAGAGUUUUAGAAUGAUCUUGAGUUGUUUCAGAACAAGUAUAAGAGCACAUAGACUAGUAUACGCCCCUGGACCUGCUUUAGACCUGGUUUCGACCUGGUUUUGACCUUGUUUAGACCUGGUUUCGACUUGGUUUUGACCUGGUUUAGCCCUGGACCAUUGAGGGAUUACACAGAUAUAAGACCACAUGGGAAUAAAAAAGAAAAUACUACGAUUUAAUGUUGAAAAUCACAUUCUAUUAUCUGAAUAAAGAGCGUUUUUUUAUUAUCAUUGUGGUAUCGGUAUUAAGUAUCGAGUCUAUCCCUUAGUAUCGACUUGGUUAUUAGUAUCAUGACAAAACUAUUAGGCCAUCUGCAUGUCCAAAGCUCAGUCGCUCUGUUCCAAUUUGUGAUGUCAUUUAAUGGUAGUUUUAAGGUUAACUGCUAUUACUUUUACUGCUUUACUCUUCAAUAUAAUAAUGUAACAGUAACUGAAAUAUCGUGAUAUCGUAUCGUCAAAGUUCUCACAAUAAUAUCGUUGGACCAUCACAAUAUAUCGAAUCACAAGUCUCUUUGCUUAAAUUAAGAGUUACGGUGCAGAAAUAGUUAAAACAAGACAGAGAACUACAUAGACCAUGAUCCUUUGCUCCAUUUCAGUGCAGACUACAGGAACAAAUAACAGUUCUAAACUCUUUUAAGUCUCUGGAUUAAGUCUUGACAAGUCAUUUUAAGAGGAAAAAGUUGGUAUAUUAAGAGUUUUGUUCACAGCCUCCACAAAAUAUCGCAAUAAAUAUCGUACGGUGAGAUUCAUAUCGUAUUGAGAGACAUGGAUAUCGUUACACUCCUACUCUUCAAUACUCCAAAAUAACCUCAAGUCGUUGCUUUUAUUUUGGAAUAUUUUAGUUGAGAUGUGAAAUAGAAAGUCUUUAAUAUCGGCUGGUGUAUUGAGGAGUGAAGCAGUUUCACCAAAAUAGCUGUAACUUCAAAAUUUUGCAAAUCUAGGGCUGAAAAUGACUCUUUAAAAACACAAUUAAUGACAUCACAAAGUAGAACAGAGAGUUUUCAGUUUCGGUUUGUGUUUUAAACGGGUGUGAACGAAACAAAACGCAACUCCAUGUACGUUUGCGACGAGGAAACGGCAUUACAACACAGCUCGAAAAUAGUCCUCGAAGGGGCCCUUUCAGUCGAUGAAGGCUAUUGUUUAUUUUUGACAAAUUUCUACACAAAAAAAAAGAACCAUAUCCAGCGAAACUGUAGAAGUGUCCCGCGAUGUGGCAUAAACAGGGUGUGCCCAUAACACAUGACCCUGAAGCCCCGCCCACUUUCCCCCUUCGACCCCCGUCGCCCCGAAAGUGAGGGUCCAACUUCAUGGCAAUGUGUAUGGUUCUUUCUGACAGUGCCUUCCCAUCAUGCUCUCUGGUUUAGUCACAGGAAACAGGGCGUCGUCACUUCUGCUCGCAAGACGGGAUCUGUACCGUCCGACCAUCCGUUCGUUCGUUCGUCCGUCGUCCGAGAAAAACGCACUGUAAAUAUAUGUUCUAAUAUAUUUUACCGCCCUUUCCGAAAGCAAAAGUAAAGACGGCUGCAGUAUCCCUUUUUUCAUGGGUCGUUUUCGUGUGCGUGUAAAUACGAUCUCCCGGCCGUUUCGUGAAUGUUUCGUUUUGUUUCGGUUGUUUUUGUUCACAACGUGCAUUCAAGCCCAUCCAUCCAUCGAAAUCCCAUCGUAAAAAGUCAUUCUCCGGUAGUUGUUUUGACUCGACACCAGUAUUUUUUAAAUGUAGCAUGUAGCUCAUAGCGGCGGUGGGGGCGGCGAUGCUACGCUCGCUGCCGACAUACCAAAUAAAGAAGCAACAAUCAUCGCUGCUUUGCUUUAGCUCACAUCAGCGCGUCGCCUCGUCACUGUGGACAAUACAAGCUUGAAUGCACUUUGUUAUCGAUUCCCUAGCGUCAGGAGUCUGUUUUGUACGGGGGGGUUUUCGGAAAGGCCCUCGCCGUCUACGCUAACUAACUGAAGAUUGGUGCUAUCAUUACUUUGCAUUCUGCUGUAGCCGUAGCUUGAGUCGCUCACCCGCGUGUAGCAGCAGCCAUACUGUCGUGAUGUCACUGCUGAUGUCAUAACGAAGAGACGCCGGGUCAGUUUCACAAAAGCGGAUUCCAUUUUUUUCUCCAAUGGGGAUGUAACAAUAACCGAAAUAUCGUGAUAUCGUCAAAAGUCUCUCGUGUUACAAGUCCCUUUGCUUAAAUGUGUUGUUUUACUGUAGCAACACCUAAUAAACAUCGGGAACUACAUAUCCCAUGAUUCAUUUCAGCGCAACAACAUCAAGAAAUAUGUUUUUAACUUGAAUUUUUGGGAUUUUGACGGAAAUAAUUCAUACCAAAAUCUCGCCAAGGUAUUUUAAAAGCAAAAAAAGUGUCCUGUCUGCAAUUAUAUCAGCCUCGUCAAAAUAUCGCAAUAAAUAUCGUACCGUGAGAUGCAUAUUGUGAUAAUAUCGUAACGAGAUUUGGAUAUCGUUACAUCCCUAGUGACCGGACGUCUGUUUACGACCCAGGACAGUCCAUGUUUUGAGCUUUGUCCCAGCAGAUUUGUCCAAAACUGUUGAUUUGUCACAGUUUUAUACAAGAAAUGUCCCAAAUGUUCUUACUUUUGAGAAAUUUGAUAAUAAAAAGAGGCAUACAUUGUAAUUUGUUGAGGUAAAAUACAAAAAAAGCUGCUUAAAAACGACCAAAACACAAAAAAACAUGACUAUACUGACUCACGUUAGUCCCGAGUGCGUCAAAAUUUUCCUUAAUUCUGCACUCGUUUCACAAUUUUAUUAUUCCCAAUCACCCAAAACAGGGAUGCCCCAGUUUUUUUGUUUUCAGUUUUGUUUGUUUUUUAAAAUCUGGUCACUGUAAGUGUGCGUCAUUUUUAUGUUACGGUCAAACGAGGCUAUAAACGUUGCGCUAGUUGCCAAAGUUUUUAGUGGAGUGGUUUUAUUCAAAUGAUUUGUAAUUUUAAAAUAACUGAAGGGAAAUUAAAGUGUCCGAUUUGCCCGUUUUUAACUGUGUAACUGAUCAGGCCUGAUAAAAGUGGUAAUUGUGCUUUUUUUUUAACAAUAAACGAACACGAGAACUUCACAGACUCAUUCUAACAACAUUAUUCACGUGAUCAAGUGUUUACGGAUAGGCUAAAGAGUUUUAUUAUCGCUACAACGGCCUAUAGAAUGUUUACAAAAUCACCUUGUCGAACAUCAUUAGCGCGGAGGUUUCAGUUUCACUUUCACUUGUCAGUUCUUUUGCCGUUUCCAUGGUGAUGAGGCAGGAUCCACGUGGGCAGUGGGGCUGGAGGACUCUACAGUAGCUUUGAUGAUUUCCAAUGACAGGCUAUAACUGUCCUUUAAACAAACAUAUCGAUACUUUGCAGCUGAUGUCAUCAACGUUCCAUGGGGGUGUGACACUAACUGUAAGCACUGCUCUGUCUGAAGCUCUGAAAAACUCUAAUCUGAUCUUUAUUUGAACACAAUCUGGCUGGAACUACAACACGUACAGUUAGUUUCGCACCAUUUUUGUCGAAUAUCAAAUGCCUAAACAGGACCAUGAAUGCUCGUAUCGGUCACAGGCUCCUGAAGAUGCGUCGUUUAAAUCCAUUUGGUGUUUUCAGACUACAGACUUUUCAGAAGUCUUAAACUCUUUUGACCGUGUUUGGUAAAGUGUGCAUUGUGUCACCAACUGCUGAACAUUCUACCAUGGAGAUACCCUAGAACCCUAGACGACAAUUCUCCACGAACAUGACAUAAAACAGUACACUGCAACUUGACAAACCUGAUGCAAUAUGCAGUAGUUUCAUUAGAUCAUUGUUUCCCAAAUUUUAUCCUGGGGACUCAUAUUUUAAAAGUCACAAACCUUCACAAAAUCACAAAAUAAAGGUGGAUUUCAGCAUUAUUGAACGCGCCAAACAAACAAAGUCCGACUGACCCAUCCAACUGUUGUGUUUCCUUUAAAGUCCGGUGCGGUUUAUUUGUGAAAAAAGUUCAAAAAUAGACCAUUUAAUGACAGUGCGCCUGAUAAUCCAGAGCGCCUAAUAGUGCAGAUAAUACAGUACUCGACUUUGAAACAAUGAAUAACAGUCACUGAAGCAGCAAUAAAAGGAUCCAUAAGUCACCUAUUUGGACUUUAAACGUAGAACAUUUCUUUUUCUUUUCAACACUGAACUGAACCAGAAAUAGUGGAACUAAAUAUUCACUCACUCUCUCAUGUGUCAGAAGUUAUAGAGUUAUAGAGUCAGAAGGUAUAGAGUGAAUGAAUAAUGCUGAAUAAUGCUCUGUAAAGCAUCUUGUGACAAAAAAAAUGUCUGUGAAAAGUGUUAUAUAAAUAAAGCCUUACUUUCUUACUUAGAAGUGUAUAUUACAGAUUUACAUAAAGAUCAUGACAAGGCAACCCAAAAAAAUCUGUUGCGACACUGAUGUAGAACACCCCCAGCGUGAUGUCACUGCAAACUAUCAAGAGCUACUAGAGAUGAAUGACAUAACAGCGGCAAUAAAAUAUGAAAACAAGAAAAGAGGUCAAAAAUACUGAGUGUUUUGGGAGUAUUUAAUGCAUUACGUUACACAUUGGGUAUUUGUAAUGAUUGUCACAGGUAUUUGUCAUUUCUUAGUCGGCCUGUGUGAGAAGAAUCCCUCAGUUGUCCAGGUAGAAUCUGUGGCGAGGAGAAAAUUCAGUUUUUAGCCAGAGAAAAGAAUUGGUUUGAGAGGGGAGUGAAAGAAGCCAUGUUUGUUAAGAAAGAGACUCCUUCUCUAAACAGAAAUGGACUCAGACACCAUCUAGCUCCUAUUUACAACUCCAUCCUCAAAUUCUAAACAAAUAAGAGAACAACAGGUGUAGUCAGGUCAGGUCCAGAGGUGUGGAAGCUCCAUUAUGGCCAUGAAUUUUUAUGCUAAUUAGACCCCACACCCUGUACAGGUCAAUGGGCCUAACUAACAAAACUGUAAACAAGUGUGUGUGUUAGUUUCAGUGUAGUUUCAGUGUAGUUAGCUCCUCCCUGCAGAUAUAAGGAAGUGUCCACCAGAGUCUGACCAGAACUGAAGAAGCAGCUUGGAUGAACUGAGAAACGUCUUCAACCAAACUAACUUUUGUCUAGUCGACAAACUGAAUUUUCUCCUCGCUCAGUCGGCCUAUGGUAUAGCCUACAACAGGGGUGGGCAAACUACGGCCCGGGGGCCAUAUGCGGCCCUUUAAUCAUUUUAAUCUGGCCCACAGAAUUUAAAUAAUAUUAAUCAUUUUCAGUCUUUUAAAAGUGAUUUCAAUAAAUAGUAAAUACCAUGGGACUUGAAAGACAGAUAUUUGUUGUGAUGCUUUGUACUGAUUUUCAAUUAUGGGAUAUUUCAAUAACAUGGGAUAUUUUUUCUACAUAUCCCAUGUAAUUUUUUUCUCUUAUGAGGUGGAUUACCAAAAAACUCCAUUCAUCUGCUUCUGGUCCGGCCCUCCCAUCAAAUUUUAGAAUCCUUUGUGGCCCAUGAGUCAAAAAGUUUGCCCACCCCUGGCCUACAAGCUAGCGAUCUGAAACUGACUCCAAAACACAAGGCUGCCAAGUGUCGCUCAAACUAGCUCGCUAGCUUGCUAGGUAACGUAACGACAAAUAUUCAUUCUUGCUCAAACUGUUCUGAUUUAAUCCGAUGUGUGUUUUGUGAAACUGACCCGGGCUCGGUGCGGGGAGGGCGGGGACAUUACCUCAAUCAGGUCCGAAAAAAACGUCUCCUCUGUGCGGCUUCACCAAAGGACUUUUCACCGCUCACCGACGUCACCAACGAAAGACUGGCUUUGUAGAGCUUUUGUACCACUUUUUAGCUCCGCCCCCACGCCCCUCUUUGUGAACUCUUCUCUGGGGACAAUCCCGUGACAGGGCCGUACCGGAGCAUCGGAACUUUGUGUGAACUUUUAGUAAAAGGGGCCGGCUCUGGGACGCUACGCUAGCCCACGGAGCCGCUAACAAUCACGAUAUUGGUCCAAGGGUGUUUUUCUACGUGUGUGUGCUUUACGUCGUGUUGUGGUGAAGACUUCAACUUCUUUUUCGUAAUUUUUUUUUCUUGUUUUUCAGUUUUUUUUGCCCACCCUUCUCGUCUUUACUGCUUCAAGCUCUUUCGGACAGUAGCUAAAGGACUAAGCUAGCUAGAGAAAACGGAUACUGUAGCGCUGGACUCAAGAUGUUGCACUGAUAAAUAUAUUUAAAAAGAUUUAUGUGUUUUUAGCGUUCAUUUGCAAAAAAAAAAUUAAAUAAAUGUGGAAAAAAAUGACAAAAAACACCUGUUUCAUUUUGAUAUAGAGUUUCAGAUUAUGUGAAAUAAUUCUGAAAUGUAAAAAAUGAGAUGCUUUGCCCCCUCCCCCACCAUGGACAUAUUAACGCUUCGUUUUGUACUGUCAUCCGAUUUUGUGCAGAUUUUGUUUUGUUUUUUACAAGAUGAAAAUAAGACUUUUAUUUUCAAUACUGCUUCUGUAAUUUGCUGUUGUAGGAAAAAAAUGAAUAAACAGCAAGGCCUUAUAAAAUGG